AAAUAUUACAGAACAACAUUUUUAAAACGUGUGGUUUUCCUGCAGAUUAAAGUUGUAGUAUAAAAGAUAAAACAGUCAAAGUUUAACAAACAUUAGUUUAUGCGAUGUUUAUGUACAUGUUUGUUUUGUGUUUUCUUGCUCUCGCAGUAGAUAACACAUCCGCAUCAUGCUCCUUCAAUCUCGACACAGAUUUAAACGGAAAAUCUCCUCUCGUUAUUCUAAACAACGAUAUUUUACUUCCCGACAACGAACAAGGAAAAGUUACAUUAUCAAACCAGGCACAGAUCCAACUUUUAUGUUCUGGUAGUAAUAAUCAUCUUAAUGUUAUAAAUUCCCAAAAUGGCUAUCUAGAAACAGCUACGUGCAAAAAUGACAAAUUCAUUCUCCCAAACGGAAAUUCCUAUAAAUUUCAAAUUCUAAAGUGUCAGAAUCCGCCUAUGUCAUAUGCUCAAGAUGUCGGUCAAUGCAACGCGGGCGCAAGAUUAAUUCGCUUCGGUUUCGCACUCUCUCCAUCAAAUUUUCUUGAAAAAAUUACGCUAUGUUUUGAUGCACAAAGAUUGGCAACUUACUGGUCCAGAAAUAUUCUACGACCAUCGCCGUAUUCGUGCCAGGUACGUGACAGAGUAAGCUUCAAAACAGAUUUUUUCAAAAUGAUUCACACGACAAUCAACCCGGAACGAGAAUAUUAUCACAGUGGAUAUGACAAAGGCCAUCUGACGCCGAGGUGUGAUUUUUUCACCGGACCGGAAAAAAGAAUGACUUUUUAUUACGUUAACACCUCACCACAAACUCCCAAGUUAAACAGUGGUAAUUGGAAGACUCUUGAAGGAGUGAUAAGAACGGCCAGUAAUCGCGCUAAACGUACUCUAGUUAUCUACACAGGGACGACGGAAACAAUAAGGCAUUUAGUACAAAUUCCCAUUCAGAAAUACUUUUGGAAAGCGGUAAUCGAUGCGAAUUCUGGAGAAGGAAUUGCUUUUAUUGGCGUUAACAGUGUAGGAACUUCUGUGUCUAGUCCUUGUUUGAUAGUAAAUUGUCAACAGGUAAUGUGGCUAGGAAGUUUACGACUGAAAUUUUCUGAUGCUGGCAAGGGAACAAUUUAUUGUUGCGCCAUCAAUAAUUUGAGAAAUAUUCCAAAUAUUCAACUUCCAGUGCUUUCAGAAUUCAGAGGUGGCAUAUUGUGGAAUAUGUAAUUAUAAGUAGAUACGUAAUUACAAUUGCACUAUUUUUCAUUACCUAAGUAUACUCAAAUCUAUGCAGUCCCAGAAGUGGCGUCAUAAAGAAAAAUGUUACGUACUGACGAUAACACGUAAUCAAAAAAUGUAAGAAAAAAAUUCCUUUUUUACAUUUUUUAUUUUUGUGGUUAUAAUAAAAUUAUAAUAAAUAAAUAAUUUAUAAAUAAUUUUUUGCUUUCUUUUAUACUUGUUAGAGCUGCACUUAACUACAAAGAGUUGUUGUUUCAUUAUACCAGGAAUGAAGUCAAUAUGAAUGAACUUAAAUGAAUCGUAAUUAAUGACGAGGUGACGUAGGAGCCGAGUCUUUAAUGAGAGGAGUCACCUAAAACCUUUUGAGUACGUGGUGCAUACAAUUUUUUUUCUUAAAGUUCCCAAAACACGAAUUCACACCUCUUACUAAUUAAAAAAAUUUCGUUACCAUAGUAACCAAUUUUAUUUUUUAGUCCGCAAAAAUUGUUUUUGGUGACCGAGUACCUAAAAUAACCGUUUUGCGUACUAUGUUAUUGAGUCCGGGAAAGACUAAUAAAACAGCUGUUUUCGGGAGCGUAUACAAAAAAAUAUUUUUUUUAGAUACUUUUGUUUGCCUUGCUAAAUGUCAAAAUAAUGUUUUGUUCUUAGAUCUAAGAAACGACUGGAUCAAGUUGAUUUGUAAAAAUUAUCAUAACUGACUUAACAACACUGUUAGUUUUAUUGUUAAUAGAAAUUUAAAAUUGUG